AUGGAACCAAGGAGCAACGUGAUUCACUUUGUGCUCUUGGGCCUCACACAGAAUCCAAUGGAGCGGAAAGUACUUUUUGUUGUGUUCUUGGUCUUCUACAUUUUGACCAUGGUGGGAAAUCUGCUGAUUGUCAUGACUGUAACUAUCAGUAAGACCUUGGACUCGCCAAUGUACUUUUUUCUCGCUAACUUAUCAUUUAUGGAUGUUGUUUAUUCAUCAGUCAUUUCCCCUAAGUUGAUUUCAGACUUAUUCUUUGGGGGAACUAUCAUAUCCUUCAAGUUUUGUAUGAUUCAGCUCUUCACAGAACACCUCUUUGGUGGAUCGGAGGUCUUUCUCCUGCUGGCGAUGGCCUAUGACCGCUAUGUGGCCAUCUGUAAGCCUUUGCAUUAUUUGCUUAUCAUGAGGCGGAGGGUGUGUGUUGUGUUGCUGGUAGUGUCCUGGGUUGGAGGUUUUAUACACUCAGUAAUUCAACUCAGCACUGUCUGUGGGCUCCCGUUCUGUGGCCCCAAUGUCAUUGAUCAUUUUAUAUGUGACAUGUACCCCUUACUGAAACUUGUGUGCACUGACACCUAUGUCAUUGGCCUCUUAGUGGCAGCCAAUGGAGGACUGACCUGCUCGACGCUGUUUGUGCUCUUGCUUAUCUCGUAUGCUGUCCUCUGGCGCUCUCUGAAGAGCCUUAGUCAGGAAGGGAGGCAGAGAGCUCUCUCAACCUGUGGCUCUCACAUCACUGUAGUCAUCUUCUUCUUUGUUCCCUGUAUUUUCAUGUAUGCAAGACCAGCCAGGACUUUCUCCAUAGACAAAUCACUGAGUGUGUUUUACACAGUCAUAACCCCCAUGCUGAACUCCCUAAUCUACACUCUGAGGAACUCAGAGAUGACAAACGCUAUGAAAAAACUCUGGAGAAGAAAGGUCAGUGUUUUAGGGCAACUCUUCCAUAGUAUUUUGUAG